CCAUGGACCGCGCGGCCGUGGCCCGGGUGGGCGCGGUGGCGAGCGCCAGCGUGUGCGCCUUGGUGGCGGGGGCGGUGCUGGCCCAGUACAUAUUCACCUUGAAGAGGAAGACGGGGAGGAAGACCAAGAUCAUCGAGAUGAUUGGAUAACCAAGAAAUGGCUACUCAGGAGUGUGCUAUGCAUGUGAAAAUGAUGCCAGAGUUCCAGAAAAGUUCAGUUCGCAUCAGGAACCCGACACGAGUGGAAGAAAUUCUCUGCGGUCUUAUUAAAGGAGGAGCUGCUAAGCUGCAGAUAAUAACCGACUUUGAUAUGACACUGAGUAGGUUUUCCUACAAUGGAAAGAGAUGCCCAACAUGUCACAAUGUAAUUGACUACUGCAAGCUGGUUUCAGAUGAUUGUCGACAGAAGUUGCUGCAACUAAAGGAAAAGUACUAUGCAAUUGAGAUCGAUCCGCAUAUGACCGUAGAAGAUAAGUUCCCUUACAUGGUUGAGUGGUAUACUAAGUCGCAUGGUUUGCUGGUUGAGCAAGGGAUCCCAAAAGCUAAAAUUCAAGAAGUUGUGGCAGAAUCUGACAUUAUGCUCAAGGAAGGAUAUGAGAAUUUCUUCGAUAAGCUCCACCAGCGUGACAUCCCCAUGUUCAUCUUUUCGGCUGGAAUUGGCGAUGUCCUGGAGGAGGUGAUCAGGCAGGCUGGUGUCUAUCAUUCCAAUGUGAAAGUAGUUUCCAACUUCAUGGAUUUUGAUGACAAUGGGGUGCUGAAAGGAUUUAAAGGAGAACUAAUUCAUGUAUUUAACAAACAUGAUGGUGCCUUGAAGAACACAGAAUAUUUUAAUCAACUAAAGGACAGUAGCAACAUAAUUCUAUUGGGAGACUCCCAAGGAGACUUAAGAAUGGCAGAUGGAGUGUCCAAUGUUGACAACAUUCUGAAAAUUGGGUAUCUAAAUGACAGAGUGGAUGAACUUCUAGACAAGUACAUGGACUCUUAUGAUAUUGUUCUAGUAAAGGAGGAGUCACUGGAGUUGGCCAACUCUAUCCUACAGAAGAUUCUGUAAACAAGCGUUUCUCAACAUCUCUCUCCCGUGGGUGCAGUUUAUACAAGGACAGAUCAGCUGCUUGUCUUGCUGCAAGACUCUUAUUUAUAAUAUAUUCUUGCUCCUGAAGUCUGUUCUCUCCAUGACUGAAGGACUUUGAGACACGUUGAAUCCAUGAACUAGAAGCUCCUUUGUCUCUCCUCCCAGCACACUCACCAUAUUUUUUUUAACCGAUUAAAAAAAAAAAAAAGACUUACUUAAAGCCAAAUUUUGAAAAAUAACUCCCUACAUUUUCAGAAUGAAUUAGUUUAAUGUUAUCUGGAAGUUUUUUAAGAAUCUUUUUACACUGGGAAAACAUUGAAAUUAAAAAACUUUAUGAAAUGCUAAAAUAGCUAUAUGAUUUUAAGAUUUUUUUUUUGAUUUGAGUAAAUCACACUGACAGUAUCAUCAUCUUUGGAAAUUGUAUUAAUGUUUGUUUGUCUGGUGUGGAAAAAAAGUCAAUAUUUACCAGAAAAUAUUGACACUUGGUGUAUGAAAAAUAAUGCUGUGUUUACAUGUCACUAAUCAUUACAAGAUAGUCUUUAUUGAAGCACUGAUAUUAUAAGCAUGGAAUGAGAAACAUUUUAAA